GCUCGAUUACCUCCAGCUUCAUGAUUGCCUGAACAACAACUACUAUUUCUCGUGUUCCAGACUCUAUAAAUUCUAUAAUAUGCCAAUGAUCAACGGUCGAAAACGCAGCUCCUCCAUGGCGGAUACUCUUCAUGAUAUUGAGAAUGAUAAGAACCAUCACUUAACAGGUCCAUUCUUACCACAAACACCGACAGACUCAAAAGUGUCGUCACCGAGACCAUCGCGUUUUAAGCCGCAUGAUGACUUCUACGAUUCGAAGGGUCUGUGGUCGGAUAUUAAGACUCUAAGAUGGAUGCGUGUUCCAUCAUCUUCCUUCAAACUCUUGAUGGUGCCAGCUCUGCUUUAUGUCAUUUUUGAAUACCUCAAGAUCCGUCCCAAUCCGUUCACACCUAUGCUGUUCAUCUCAUAUCCGAUAGCCGAGUCCGCCGUAGAUGAUGUACGCUAUGCAAAGGGCUGGUUGGACCUCGCGUUCAUUGCAUACCAUAUUAUCGUCUUCUCCUUCAUUCGUCAGUUCGUCUUGCUUAAAAUCAUCAGGCCGAUAGCCAUUCGAUUGGGUAUCAGGAAGGAGGCAAAACUUGAUAGAUUUGGUGAACAAGCGUAUGCCGUGUUGUACUAUGGUGUUAUGGGGUUCUGGGGGAUGUACAUCAUGACAAGCCUUCCUACUUGGUGGUAUCGAACAGAGUAUUACUGGAUAGACUACCCACAUUGGGAUAUGAAACCUCGGCUAAAACGAUACUAUCUGAUGCACCUCUCUUACUGGAUCCAGCAGCUCAUCGUUCUUGCCUUGAAGAUCGAGAAACCACGCAAGGACUUCAAGGAGCUUGUCGCUCAUCACUUCGUAACGCUUUGGUUAAUUGGAUGGAGCUAUGGAGUUAACCUGACUCUUAUCGGUAACGCGGUGUUUGUCAGCAUGGAUAUCCCGGACACAUUCCUAGCUAUUUCCAAACUCUGCAAUUAUCUCGACUUAAUGCGGACAAAAACCGUGUCAUUCGUAGUCUUUUUAAUUAUUUGGACCUAUUUCCGGAUCUGGAAGAACAUCGUCAUACUUUAUUCCGUCUUGACCCAAUUCGAUCUCAUGCCCGAAUCAUCGAAUGUAUGGUCUCCUCCAGAUGGCGUGUGGAUGGUUUGGUGGAUGAAAUACCAGAUUUUCACACCGAUCCUCCUCCUGCUGUUCCUUAACCUUUUCUGGUACUUUUUGAUUCUCCGUAUUGCUUACCGGGCUGUUCAAUCGGGUAACGCAACUGAUGAAAGAAGUGAUGAUGAGGAUGAUGGGCAAGACGAGAAGGAGGAGUAACCUGAUAAGCUUAUUCGGAUUUUGGGGCUGUGGAUUGGAGUGUGCUACAUACGUUGUGUCACACGGCUGGUUUUACAUUUCACCUAUCCUUAAUUUAGUUGCGGAAUUUUGGAUACAAGUUACAUGGAGAUAGCUUUCGAUAUGGAUGGAGAAAUUUGGAUACAACAAGGAGCCAAGUGGUCGUGCCACUUAAAAAGCGAGGCGUAGCAGGCGAAUUCAAAGGGUAACUUGACCAAUGUCCUUCUCGUUGAGCCUCCACCUGAUUUCCUGGUGCCGUGGACUUCAGUGCAAG